AUGGCUGAGUGGAUACUGGGAUGGUUCAAGGUGGUGUUGGUAAAUAGAUCAAGUAAAUACUCUGUGAAGAAGUAUCAAAUACGACUCAGCCUCCUCGAAACAUCCACAGCCUUCACCUGCUUCCAAGACGAUACCCACUAG